AUGUUCACACGCUGGCCCACAAGCCAAAUCAGCCGCAUUAAGGUGGAGAAUGCUGCGAAUGCGCGAUCACCCAGUGUCUUCCGCCUACCACGGGUCGACUGGCGCGUAGUCAGGACUCGAAAAUUCAUCGCCCAUGCUCUCAGUGCAGCUUUGCAAUCGGCAGCCUACUACACACCCGUGUUUUUCUUCGCCUCGUUUGCACGUACACUGGGAUAUUCCCAAACAUCAUCGGUGAACUUUAUCGCCAUCUCUAACGCUACAAAUGCAUUCGGCAAGACUGAACAUUUUAGUCCCGGCAACGCUCAUCUCCGCCAUUUCUGUCCUGGCAUUAUGGCUACCAUCGUGCUUGUCGAACACUCAGUCUACUGGGAGCACUCUUUUACCACCUUUAUCAUCUUUUACGGUGUGUUCGCUUCGGCAUACGUUGCCUUAUGUCCGACGGGCCUCGUAGAGCUGUUUGGGGUGCAGAACCUUGUCAGUGUCAAUGGCCUGCUGUACAUGGUGCGAGGCUUUGCAACGCUAGUCAGAACCCCAGUCGCAGAUGCCUUAAUCCGUGGGCACAACCAACAAAAUAUUGGACCACCGAGCUAUGAGAAUACCAGUGUCAUGGUCGACGUUCUGUUGGUUGUGGCAACGCUGGCGGUGGUGUGGGCGCAGUUAGAGGCAGUUCUCACCCUUGACGGUACCCAAGCGCGCAGGAGGAAAUGGCUGGUGUGA